CGCACGCGGGGACCCCGCGCGCCCCGCCACGAUGCCGCCGCUGCCGCCGCGGGGCUGGAUGCUGGCGGCGCUCUCGCUGCUCGCGCUGCUCCUGCUCCUGGCCGACAUCUCCGAGAUCCGCGAGGACCCCGGGCACUCUGGUGGCAGAGGGACAAUCAGAUCAGCUGUGAACGGCUUCCAUAGCAAAUCUAAUAGAGCCGAAGCUCUACUGAACGGUUCCUCAGCACCAGCCCUGGCUGACAGGGGUAAUGACAGCGUGAAGCACAGCGUGCAGCAGGCCUCGGCCAAGUGGACACACAACCAGACUGUCUCGCUGAGGAUCAGGAAGCAAAUCCUCAAGUUCUUGGACGCUGAGAAGGACAUUUCUGUCCUCAAGGGCACCCUCAAGCCUGGGGACAUCAUUCACUACAUCUUCGACCGAGACAGCACGAUGAACGUGUCGCAGAACCUCUACGAGCUGCUGCCCAGGACCUCACCCCUCAAGAACAAGCACUUUCCCUCCUGCGCCAUCGUGGGCAAUUCGGGGGUCCUGCUCAACAGCGGCUGUGGGCCUGAGAUCGACACACACAGCUUUGUCAUCAGAUGCAACCUGGCGCCGGUGCAGGAGUACGCCCGCGACGUGGGGCUCAAGACGGACCUGGUGACCAUGAACCCGUCGGUCAUCCAGCGGGCCUUCGAGGACCUGGUCAACGCCACCUGGCGGGACAAGCUGCUGCAGCGGCUACACAGCCUGAACGGCAGCAUCCUGUGGAUCCCCGCCUUCAUGGCCCGCGGGGGCAAGGAGCGCGUGGAGUGGGUGAACGCGCUCAUCCUCAAGCACCGCGUGCGCGUGCGCACCGCCUACCCAUCCCUGCGCCUGCUGCACGCCGCCCGCGGCUACUGGCUCACCAACAAGGUCCACAUCAAACGACCCACCACCGGCCUCCUGAUGUACACCCUGGCCACGCGGUUCUGCACCCAGAUCCAUCUCUAUGGCUUCUGGCCCUUCCCACUGGACCAGAACCAGAACCCCGUCAAGUACCACUACUACGACAGCCUCAAGUACGGCUACACAUCCCAGGCCAGCCCCCACACCAUGCCCCUGGAGUUCAAGGCCCUCAAGACCCUGCAUGAGCAAGGCGCGCUGAAACUGACGGUGGGCCAGUGUGACGGGGCCACGUAAGGGCCCGCAGCCGGCGGACGCGGUGACUCACGUUUCUUGCCCACUCCACCGCUAGGCAGAGGGGAGUUGGGCAGCACGGGUUCUCUAGGACAGCAGGGUAGUUGUCUUUGUUCGAGUGUAAAACAGUGACACGCGGCGUACCUCGCUCUCGCGGCCCGCCCAUCUAUAUUGACCUGAGUGUUUGACUGUGUGGGGUUCAAUCGAGCGUGAGGCACAUCGCCCCCCCACCCCACCCCGGGCAAGAAGGCCCUGGGAGAAAUCUGCGGGGACCGAUGCAGACUCCACCCUCCGUCAGGGAGGGCAGGAAUGGGGGACGAAGAAGGACUCGGGGCGGAAAGAGCCCAGCCCGUGACUUGGGGUGACAGCUGCCCCCUGAGACUUGGAGGGUUCUCUGGGGACUGUGGGUGAGUGGAGAAGCACCUGGUUUUAGGGGUGAACAGAGGGCCGGAGCUGGGCUUUCAGUGUGAGAAUGGACAAUGCAGGCCAUGCAAUGAAGGAGGCUGGAGGUGUCCUUGGAUCCACAUCAGAAAUGGCCCAAUUGGAUGGACCAGGGGGA